CACCCCCUACCCGCCCGCGCUCUUGGUCUCGUCCGUUUCCCUCUCGUCGCUGCUGCAGCUGCUUCUACUUCUAGUCUGGUGCGGGCAGGACCAUGGCGGAUCAGGACACCAGGGCUCCAUUAAUAAGUGAAACCAGAAGGCGCUUUGAGGCAGAAUAUCUACAAGCAAAAACAGAUAAAUAUGAUUCUAGAGAUACAGAGAGACUACAGCAAGAUGAUACCUGGGUUGAUAAUUUUCUAAUAUGGCGACAUGAUGAUGUGGACGAUACAUUAAAGAUGAUUGAUGAAAGCUUUCAGUGGAGAAAAGAAUAUGCAGUUCAUGACUUGACGGAAUCUUCACUUCCAAAGCGGUUCUUUGAAACUGGUGCCAUUUACCUACAUGGUUAUGAUAAGGAAGGCUAUAAAAUCUUUUGGUUCAGGGUGAAACUUCAUGUAAAAGAUUCUAAAACUCAAUUUGAAAAGAAGAAGCUAGUAGCCUUUUGGUUGGAACGCUAUGCCAGAAGAGAACAUGGAAAGCCUUUGACAGUGGUAUUUGACAUGGCUGAAACUGGAAUUAGUAACAUAGAUAUGGAUUUUGUCCGAUACAUCAUCAGCUGCUUUAAAGUUUAUUACCCUAAUUAUCUCACAAAAAUUGUGAUCUUUGAGCUACCCUGGAUAAUGAAUGCUGCUUUUAAACUUGUGAAAAGUUGGCUGGGUCCGGAAGCAGUGGGUUUGCUGAAGUUGACUAAUAAGAAUGAAAUCCAGGAGUAUAUCAGUGCUGAAUAUCUACCACCCUAUAUGGGUGGAACUGAUACCUUCAAGUAUAGUUAUCCUCCAUUGGUUGAUGAUGAUUUUCAAACUCCAUUGUGUGAAAAUGGACCCAUGACUGGUGAAGAUGAAGUUGAAACCAAAGAAGAAACAGACAUAGAUAACAAGGAGAGUCCAGAUUCUAAUGAAGAACAAGCACUUAAUUCAAAAAAGGCAAAUUUUGCAGAACAAACUCCAAAAUCAGAAGAGAGUGAAAAACAAGAUUCCAAAACAAAAAAUGCAAAGAAAGCACUAACCACUUUUAAAGGACCUUUAUUGCACAUCAGUCCAGCAGAAGAACUGCAUUUUGGGUCCAAAGAAACUGGAGAGAAGAAAUGCUUGAUAGUUCUCACAAACGUGACCAAAAAUACAGUGGCAUUUAAGGUUAGAACAACUGCUCCUGACAAGUACAGAGUGAAACCAAGUAACAGCAGCUGUGAACCAGGCACAUCACUAGAUAUAAUAGUAUCUCUUCAUGGAGGUUGUGCAGCUUCCCUGCAAGACCGUUUUUUGAUUAUGGCAGCAGAAAUGGAGCAGUGUUCCGGAACAGGAACACAAGAACUGGGUCAGUUUUGGAAGGAAGUCCCAAGAAACAAAGUGAUGGAACAUAGGUUAAGAUGUCAUGUUGUAGAAAGCAGCAAACCUUCUUCUUUAACAAUAAAUGAAAAUUCCUUCAAUAUUCCUGCAAAAACGAAUGAAGAUUUACACGUACAGCUAACACAAUUAUUGCAAGCUAAUAAAAGACUCCGAGAACAGAUUGAUCGUUGCGUCUGGUUCCAGCAAUUGACUCUCUUGUUUAUGUUACUAUUACUGGCCAGUACUACCUUUUGUUUCUACUUAUUGUAUGCGCCAAGGAGCUAAGUAGCAAUGCUUUGUACGAUAAGCUCUCUCUGCAAUUCAUUUGGAAAAGGAAAGAACCAGUACUAUGAAACUGCCAAAAAGGAGAUCUAUAUGAGACUCUCCAGAAACUGUGAUUCACAAGAUUGUGAUCUUUGCCUUUAAUCAACAAGUAGAGUGACUGUUGAUAUUUAUUAAAGUACAGGAAGUAAAACAGGAUAUUAAAAGAGUCAUUUUCACUGGGCAACCUAAUAACUGUUACAGAACAAAAGAUGUUUAUGACUAAAUGUAUUUUUACUUUUAUUUCUGUCAUGCAGAAGUAUACAAGAUGUAUCAAAACAAUUUGUGCAUAAAAUGUAUUUCCCUUGAAAUGAAAGUGCAAAUUUGUAACAAUAUAGGAAAGCCUCAUUUAUGCUAUUUAUACAUAAAAGGAAAUGAUACACAUGCUCAUGCAGUUUGAAA